AGUUCAUCACAGCUCAAGCGCAGCAAGCAAAGGCAGCACUACUAAGACGAGCACUCUGCUGGGCACUACAAGUGGAGACGUGGGGCGGUGUGCCUGUAAAAAGCCUUCUCCAAAGAGGGAGAAGCGCAGCACGGCAGGGCAGCGACGGCCCUGCCCUGAGCCGUCGCCAGCAGCACGGCAUGUGGUACGCCACAAAACACAGUCAUGUUCUCGUGUCCGUGAAUAAUCGCGCCGUGCCGAGAAAAACGUGACAGACGGCUCGUCGCGCGGCGCGGGGGGCGCGGCGCCGCGCGCGAGGGAGGGCGCGGGGACCACAUGACCAGCAGCACACGAGAUUCCUCCGGAUGGGGCGUGUGCGGCUGCCGGGGCCGCAUCGUGUGCGCGCCAAAUUCUCUCCCUCGCCUCCCCGUCUCUCGCCUCGCCUCGCCCCUACCUUGGCCUCACCUCACCUUAUCUCCUCCCAGCUGUGGCCAGCAGCGACUAUCUACCACCACCACCACCACCACGCACGGACGCACCCCCUGCUCCGGCCCCGCGCCCGGCACUCCCCGCUUCAAAACCCCGAUUCUGGUUGUCUUUCUCCCGCCGACCCCCACCCGCGCCAGCCAAUGAACAUCCUCAACCAGCCCAUCGGCCCCGCCGGCGCCCACGCGGCCGCGGCCGCGGCCUUCCCGGCCGGCGCAGCCAAGGACGGCAUGCCGGCGUCGCUCCGCUUCGACGCCGGCCCGAGGUGGCAGGCGCCGACGACGCUGCGCCGGGCCAGCAGCAGCAGAAGCUACGUGGGCGCCGGGCACGCGGACGAGGCCGCCGCCGUGAAGAGCGCGGAGCAGCACAAGGCCCUGGUGCCGCCGUUCCAGCCGGUCACGCUCAACUUCCUGCGCUCGCUGCUGGACCGGGACAGCAUGACGUCCAUCGCGGAGGAGGGCGGCGAGGGCGCCGGCGCCGCGCCCCCGCUGCACGCGCUGCGGGUCGUCGUGUCGUCCGCCGUGGCGCUCGACGCGCGCCAGACCGAGCUCAUCGCGCGCAAGAUGCGCCGGAUCACCGGCUUCGUCAACCUCGCCAUCGAGAACGUGGUGGAGCCGUCGCUCAUCGCCGGCUUCGUCGUCUGCUACGGCCUCGACGACUCGCACACCAUCGACCUCAGCGUCCGCGGCCGCCUCGCCGCGCUCAAGAGCCGCGUCGACAAUUCCGACCUCGACGACCGCCUGCACCCGCGGACGCCCGCGCCGCUCCAUUGAUGCACCGCAUCCUUCCAUUCCAUCCAUCAGUUAUACCCAUAGUUGCACACACAAGCACGUACCGCGUGCACCACCGCUUCGCCGAGCUUGUCGCGAGUUCACGUCGUCCGCCAUAUCUCCAUGCCAUGCGUGCAUGAUGAAGUGAAGUCUAUAUAGACCAAGUUCGAUCGACCGCAAGUCCGUCCGUCGCCGGCGACAACAGUUUUGCCAUGUAACGUUGUUGUAACUUGUAAAUUGUGAGACACUUGACUAGCUGCUAUUAUGUUUGUACCACCAAGUGUACUGUAAUGAUACUAUGGUACUGUACAAGCUGCAGAUUGUAAUUUUAUGCGAGGUUCAGGGUUACAUUA